UUUUCCUUCAGUAGAGCAACCAUUUCUGAGUGUGAGGCAGUUGUGGCACCGAGGGAGCAGGCACCAUGAGCAAAGCACACCCGCCUGAGCUCAAGAAGUUCAUGGACAAAAAACUGUCACUGAAGUUAAAUGGUGGCCGACACGUCCAGGGGAUAUUGCGGGGGUUCGAUCCCUUCAUGAACCUCGUUAUAGAUGAAUGUGUGGAGAUGGCACAAGGUGGACAGCAGAACAACAUUGGGAUGGUGGUAAUACGAGGAAACAGUAUCAUCAUGUUGGAAGCCUUGGAACGAGUCUAAAUGAAUCGGUGAAGAGUCCUGCCUCGCACCUGAUGACAAGCCUUUAUUUCCAGCGGUCACAUGUAAACUAGCUUUUUUUGGUUAAAUAAAUUUUGUAAUGGUUGAAGUAA